AGACAAACACUAGCUCCACCACCUUUCGACCUCAGUCUCUGCAUUAACGGUCACAUUUCUUACACCAUCUCUUACACCCGUCACGGUUUUUUUAGUUCUUUAUCUCUCUCUCUAGGACCCUUCCUCUCCUCAGCUGUAAUAAUUUUGCUCCCUUUCUGGGUCUCACUCUGUUUUUUUCCUUCUCUGCAAUGGAACCUGAAAAAAUAGAUUGGAAGAGAAUAGACUCUGUCUUUGUAGAAGAUAGAUUGUAUGAGAACGUAAAUGCACCCAAAUGGUUUGAUUUCUUUGCUCCUGAAGAUUCCAUAGAUGAUGAAGCCUGGUUUUGCAGACCUGAUUGUAACCACCCAAAGACAGCUGAGGAUUUCUUUAAAACCACACCAACUUCUAAGUUUUCAAGCUCAGGUGAUAAAGCUAGAAGUAGAACCCCUCUCAGCGAGAAGAAUCAAAGAGAUGCAAAAUCGAAGAGAAGGGGGCAAAGUCAGUCUUCAUUUACAUCAUACAAUUACAAAGCUAAAUUCAAUCAGGAUAGCGAAAAUCGGAAUCCAAAUUUACCAACACCAACAAAUCACCAUAAGUCUACGAAAGAAAUGAUCAAAUCAAGCAGCUGUGAGAAUAAUAAACCUAUGGAUGAUGUACCACAAGCCAGGGAGGCACCAAGGCUAAAAAGCACGUUAUCGGCAAGGAAUUUGUUUGCCGGGAAAGAUAAAUUAGGUCAUAUUACUGAGUUUUGCAGUGAAUUGAAGAAGAUGGCGACAAGAGCGUGGGAAAAAGAGAGUUUGAAUGAGAGGGAGAGUCAAGUGGGGGAGAAGAAAGAUGGGGUGUUCGGGAGUGAGGGUUCUAGAGAGGUUUUAAGAGAGUUGAAUGUGAAGGUGAAAGAGAGCAAACCACUGCUUGAAAAGGAUGGAGAGAAAUCCGGAGGAAAUGAGAAUGGAAGUGUCAAAGAGAAGCAAUGGAAGAAGAAAAGAGAUGAUGAUGCAGAAAACAUACCGGUCCCUUUGAAUUUGGCAAAUGUGAAGAACAAAGGAGAGGAGCGGUUGUUGCAAAUUAGGACCAAUCCGCCUUCACCUCAAUGCUUUUCUGCCAAUCGUGCACCCGCCAAAACUACUACCCCUUCAAAGGCUUCCAGGUCCAGGCUUACGGUAAGGGGAAUGCUUGAAGAAUUGAAGGAUAAGGAGAUCACAGAGGAGGAAACUGAGGGCAAAGGCACAAGUUUUUUUGCUGCCGAUGGAAGAGAAUCAAGAGUUUUGGAUGUUUUCUGGUUCCUAAAGCCCUGCACGCACUCCAGCUGAAAGGUGGAAGCCCGCUCCCUCUCCGGCGAAUCCAAAAUUCAUUGUUUUAAAGAUUUUUUUUCUUUUAGCCCAGCUGAAACUCGUCAUUACACCUUGUUUUUCUGUAAUCCAUACAUCAACACCUCACGUUCACGUUCUUUAAUUCUUGUUCCUUGGUUGAUCUGAUUCAUUCGAUGUCAAUAAGAGAAAACUGUAAGAAGCGAAUUCAAACUCAUUAUAGCAAAUAAAAUUUGUAUUUUUGAACUCCAAA